UUGUUGCAAUUCUUCCGGUUGCUGACAUCUUACUAUGGCAUGGGGCCAAGCAGAGAACCAACCCUAAAGAACUUGCAAAACAUAUGCAUCCUGUGUCAGUGUUUGAUUUUGAUGGUAGGGUGCUCGAAAAUAUCAUUCCAGCACUGGUUUCGUCAUUUUUGUAUUCAAGUUGUGCUUGCCUCAGAAUGGUGGGGGUGCAGACCCCGGUAGAGGUUGCAGGUUGGAAUGCUUCUUGGGCUUAGUGCUCAGCUGUAUCAUGUGAUAGUGAUAGUGAUAUUUGUUGGCCUCAUUUAUAUAAGAUUCUACAAGUAGAUUCUGCAACCUGUGCGUCUUCUCAUAUCUCAGAAGUACAAGCGGCAAAGUUGCAUUGCAGCACUCAAAGCAAGAUCACUCUGAAAUUUUGGUGGCUUGCACUGUUUGAUCUUGGGUGACAACUAAGAAUUCACCACAUCAAUCGAAUGUGGCUCGGGCAUGGAGCCACUUCCUUUAUCCAGAAAGUUUUGCACUGACAAUUUUGUCGUCGUUCAAGCACCGAAGCCUUCUUCGCGUGACCAGCAAGCCAGGCUGUCGCAGAUCCUUGCAAAUCCAAAGGUCGCUGCGUAUUUUGCCACUUUGGAAUUGGAUAUUUCUGAAGGACGGGCGCUUUUUCAUUUGCUUGACAAUGGAAACGGCGAGGUCACUCAAGACGAGUUCAUUAGCGGCAUUCUUCGAUGCAAAGGGCAAGCGCGUGCCAUCGAACAAGUGGCAAUGCAUUCGGAGCUCCGGAUCUUGGACCAUAAGAUCACGAAGCUCUUGGCGCACAUCCGACAGGAUGCUUCAAAGGAUCCUCGCAGGAGAAACACUCACAAGCAUCUGCAGGUCUUCCGCUUUGACAUGUCUGCAGAGCUCAUGCGAAGUACGCAGCCAUGACAUAGGCCCCGUGCCAGGUGUUGAAACCCAUGGGCCACACGUGAAUUUGUGCCACUAUGAAGCUUGGUUCCCACAUAUCCAGUGCUCUCACGGAGGCAAAUGCCCCCGCAUUGGUCUGAACUUGGCCAUGCAAGUAACACUUGGGCAUUGAUCCCUUUGCCA